AUGGCUUCGCUGUUGCAGAUGUUGGGCGACUUCCCACGAGUGCGUAUACUCCUUGCGGCCACAAGUCGUGUCAAGAACCAUCAGACUAACCUGCCGCAGCGCCUUGCAGCAUUCCUCGACCGACCUGGAUUUCCAUGGAAGAAGCUGAUCCUUGGAUUUUCUCUGGGACAAUUCGCUUUGGAAGGGUUUCUGUCCUUGAGGCAGUAUAAGGUUCUGCAGAGGAACAAACCCCCGAAGACACUGGAAGAUGAGAUCUCACAAGAAGUGUAUGACCAGAGUCAAGCAUAUGGACGCGCAAAGAUGAAGUUCGGUUUCCUCUCUGGCCUGUAUUCGCAGAUCCAAAAUGUCCUGUUCAUUCAAUACGAUAUCCUCCCUAAGCUCUGGUCCUUGACUGGCUUUUGGCUGUCCCGCUACCUCCCUGAACGAUUCUCCGGCGAGAUCUCGCACUCGGUUCUGUUCUUCUUUGCUUUCAGCUUCAUCUCGCAAAUCCUGUCACUCCCGCUCUCAUACUACGGCACCUUCGUCCUGGAAGAGAAGUUUGGGUUUAACAAGCAAACGGUCAAAUUAUGGCUUACGGACAUGCUCAAGGGCCAGGCUCUGAUGGUCGCGCUGGGAACGCCAUUGCUCAGCGCCUUCUUGAAGAUCAUUCAGGUGACGGGUACAAGAUUCUUCUACUAUCUGUGGUUGUUCGGCAUUGUGGUCCAACUCUUCGCCAUCACCAUCUAUCCGAUCUUCAUCCUUCCGCUCUUCAACAAACUGUCACCAUUAGAACCUGGAGAACUGAAAUCUGGAGUAGAGUCGCUGGCGGCGAAACUCGAGUUCCCUCUCAGCUCCCUGUAUGUUAUUGACGGAAGUAAACGCAGUGCUCACAGCAAUGCAUACUUUUUCGGUCUGCCGUGGAAGAAGCACAUUGUCAUCUACGAUACAUUGAUUGAGAAGAGCGAGCCUCAAGAAGUGGUCGCGGUUCUUGGACAUGAACUCGGCCAUUGGAGUCUUUCGCAUACGACCAAACUUUUUGGAAUUGCUCAGUUCCAUAUGUUCUACAUCUUUGCCCUCUUCAGCAUCUUCAUUGACAAUCACUCGCUCUAUUCAUCUUUCGGCUUCCAUAACUCUCACCCAAUCAUUAUCGGCUUCAUCCUAUUCUCCGACGCUCUGGCUCCCAUGGACGCCGUUGUCAAACUCCUGAUGAACGUUCUUUCUCGCAAAUUCGAAUUCGAGGCCGACGAAUUCGCCCGAAAUCUCGGGUUUCAGAAAGAACUUGCCAGGAGUCUGAUCAAGUUGCAAGUGCAGAAUCUGAGCACCAUGGAUGCAGACUGGAUGUAUGCGAGCUAUCACUACAGCCAUCCUAUCCUGGCGGAGAGGUUGGCCGCACUGGGAUGGAAGAGCUCAAAGCCCGCUCCAAACGGCAAGGGGGUAGAGCUGGAUGAAAAGGUUGUGGAUGCAGAGGUUGUCAAGGCGAGCGACCGAGAGUUGUGA